AUGUAUAUACUCGAACAUGACGGAUCACCGUGCUUGUGUUUCGGCUCCUUGACUGAGGUGUUCAGAUUUGGUAGACCCGGGGUCGACUGUCACAUGAGACAUGAUUCGGAUGCCUCCGUCUCUCAGCUGUUAUUUCUCUCGAACGAGGGUGCGCUCAUUACCGUGUGCAGCGACGACCGGCUCCACCUAUGGGACACGCGAGGAAAGAAACCUGACCUCGUCCACACACUCAAGUUCAACAGAGAGCGGAUUGUCGUCUGCGACCUUCCGUUCCAAAGCAAAUGGCUGUACAUCGGGACGGAACGGGGCAACAUACACGUCGUGAACAUAGAGACCUUCCAGUUGUCUGGUUACAUCAUCAACUGGAACAAG